GUGAGCUGUGAGUGGUCACAGCUUGUCACAUGGUACAAGGCUGUUGUGAAUAGCCUUGUACCAUGUGACCUCUGUGAUCAUUCACAGAUUUCACACGUAGUAAGCAAUGAUGUCAGAAGUGACAUCUUGCUUACUACUCUGCAUGUGAUCACUGAUUGGCCAAUCAGUGAUCACAUGAUCGGGACCUCGCAAAGAGGUCCCGUCCGACGAUCGGUGUUCAGAAGACACAGCGGGCACCGGAUAGCG